CUCGACAAGCUCGUCGCCGACAAGCAUGGCCGAUGAAGAUGUGGUCUUCGACGACGUCUACGAGAUGCACGAGUUCAUCGGAAAGGGUCCCUUCAGCGUGGUGCGUCGCUGUGUUCACAAGACGACGGGCCAACAGUUCGCCGUCAAAGUCGUCGACGUUGCCAAGUUCACCUCCUGUCCCGGACUCGGCACAGAAGACUUAAAGCGAGAAGCCACCAUCUGCCACAUGCUCAAACAUCCGCACAUUGUUGAACUUUUAGAAACGUACAGCUCCGAGGGAAUGCUCUACAUGGUGUUUGAGUAUAUGGAAGGGGCAGACUUGUGCUUUGAAAUUGUGAAAAGAGCCACCGCAGGAUUUGUGUACAGCGAAGCUGUGGCCAGCCACUACGUGCGGCAAAUCCUGGAAGCACUCCGGUACUGUCACGAGAACGACAUAAUUCACCGGGACAUCAAGCCUCACUGCGUUCUCCUCGCCACGAAGGAGAAUUCGGCGCCUGUGAAGCUGGGCGGAUUCGGGGCCGCCAUCCAGCUCGAGUACGACUACAUCUGUUCUGCAGAGAAAGAGAUUUCUAAGUACGGGGAAAACCUAAGCCUUGCAUGCCGGCUAUACUGCAAAUGUGACUUGCUAGGUCGCAUCGGGACGCCGCACUUCAUGGCCCCCGAGGUCGUGCAGCGGAAGCCGUACGGCAAGCCCGCCGACGUGUGGAGCUGCGGCGUGUUGCUGUACGUGCUGCUCACGGGCACGUUGCCCUUCCUCGGCACCAAGGAGCGCCUGCACGAGGCCAUCUGCCAAGGAAAGCUGAACCUCACCGGUCGGCAGUGGGACCAAAUCAGCGAGUACGGAAAGGACGUCAUACAGCGAAUGCUCUGCAUCGACCCCCAGGAACGGUACACCGUCCAGGAACUGCUCAACCACCCUUGGCUCAGGGAUCGGGAUCACUGUGCACCAAGGGUACACCUCCAGGAAACGGUGGACGAACUCCGGAAAUUCAAUGCUAGGAGAAAGCUCAAGGGUGCUGUGUUAGCAGCGGUGUCCUCCCCAAAAUGGACGAGUUUCUACAGUGACCCAGCCUUAGACGCAGCUUUAGACCAAGGCAUUGAGGAAGAAGUGACUGCCAUAGCGGUGUCCACGGUUCUGGAUAGCCUCGACGACAUCCACUGCUUGACCGACUGCUCCGAGCGGGACCGAGACUUCCUGCUUAGCGUGCUCGAGGACUCCCAGCUACACGCUCUGCUGGACUUGUACGACCGCAUCAACACGAGCUCGUGCAGCCCCAUCAAGUGCCCCCCGUCGGACGCCUGCGGCCGGGCGAGAGACGUGCUGGAGUGGAUCCAGGACUGCCCGAUGGGGACCACGCCGGAGAUGGAGGAGCUGCAGGCCAUACUGUGCAAGCCGCACGUGCGGGCACUGCUUCAAGCUCACGAUGUGGUUGCGCACGAGGUGUACAGCGAGGAGGCGAUUCGGGUGACACCACCACCGCUGACACCCUUUCUCAACGGCAACCAGGAGGCAGGUGGCAGCGAGGCCGGCGACAUGGAACAGGUCACCCGCGUGCGCCUCGUCCAGUUCCAGAAGAACACUGAUGAGCCAAUGGGCAUCACCCUGAAGCUGGACGAGGACGGACGGUGUAUUGUGGCUCGCAUCAUGCAUGGUGGCAUGAUUCACCGGCAAGCCACUCUACAUGUCGGGGACGAAAUACGUGAAAUCAACGGCAUCAGCGUUGCCAACCAAACUGUGGAGAGUUUGCAGAGAAUGCUCAGGGAUGCACGGGGUAGCGUCACCUUCAAGAUUGUGCCCAGCUACCGCAGUGCCCCGCCACCGUGUGAGUAUUUCAGGAUUAACCCCCCGCCUGUUCUAAUAUACGUUCGUGCCCUAUUCGACUACAACCCUCUGGAUGAUGACCUCAUUCCAUGUGCACAAGCUGGCAUUGCAUUCCAGACAGGGGACAUUCUACAGGUGAUCAGCAAGGACGACCACAACUGGUGGCAGGCCAAGAAAGAGACGGCCGACGGUACGGCCGGGCUCAUUCCCUCGCCCGAACUCCAGGAGUGGCGGAUGGCUUGCAUCGCCAUGGAACACGCGAAGAACGACCAAGGGGUGAACUGCUCCAUCUUCGGCCGCAAGAAGAAACACCUCAAGGACAAGUAUCUGGCCAAGCACAACGCAGCUUUCGACCAGCUGGAUGUUGUCACCUAUGAGGAAGUUGUCCGGCUCCCAUCCUUUCAUCGAAAGACACUUGUCCUGCUGGGAGCUCAUGGUGUCGGCCGAAGACACAUCAAAAACACCCUCAUUGCCAGCUACCCGAACAAAUAUGCAUAUCCCAUUCCACACACGACGCGUCCUCCGCGCAAGGGUGAAGAGAACGGGCGCAGCUACUUCUUUGUGUCGCAUGAGGAGAUGGUGUCGGACAUUGAGUCGCACGAGUACCUGGAGUACGGCACCCACGAGGAUGCCAUGUACGGCACCAAGCUGGACACCAUCCGCAAGAUCCAUGCCCAGGGGAAAGUUGCCAUCCUCGACGUCGAGCCGCAGGCACUGAAGAUCCUUCGCACUGGGGAAUAUGCACCAUAUGUGGUCUUCAUAGCAGCACCUUCCUUAACAUCUAUGCAUGACGUUGACGGGAGCCUCGAGCGGCUAGCCAAAGAGAGCGACCUCUUGCGCCAGGCGUACGGCCAUUUCUUCGACCUGACAGUGGUGAACAACGACAUCGAGGAGACCAUCCACACGCUGGAGACCACACUGGAGGCCCUGGACAACAGUCCUCAGUGGGUGCCAGUCUCCUGGGUGUACUGACGAGCUGACAAGGGGGGUGCCGACACCCCUCACGGACUGUUCCACUUCCAGUGAUACCAUUGCCACUGCAGCUGUGGCCAUGCCCACAGCCACUGGGGAUCCAAAUCAGCCAGCUGUAUGUCAUUGUGCCACACAGACGGGGACUCGCCCACUCUGCCCGACGUCAUGAAGACAACAGAAAUAGCGGCGCCAUCUGUGCCAUCGUGCUCUGAAAAAAGAGCAGACCACUGCAACCGGGCUGCAGAAAUGCAAUGCUUUUCCGCACAUUUUUGUGCCUGCUUUUACAAAUUUUGAUUCGGUGAUUCGAAGCUUUUCCAGAGAGAAGACCGAAACUUGUAAGAUGCAAGUAGACCGUCUUAGUAUUGUCAUGUUAAGGUGGCAGCCCUGAGAUGUUGGCCUUGAUAUUCUAUUAAGCUACAGUCUCUUGGCACAUGAGCUCUCAUUGUGUUAAGAAGAUGCAUCAAAAGCAUUUUGCUGAAUCUGCUUUCUUGCUGUCACCAAAACCUCUCUGUGGACAAGGCAGCUUGAAUCACUCUUUUGCAGUGUAGACUAUGGCGGCAUCGCUCAUGCUCGUUUGUUCCUGCUAAAUGUAAGUUUCAUAUUACCACACCGGCAAUAUUAAGUACAGUAGAACCUUGUUGAUACGAUCCUGUUUCGUAUGAUUACCUGGCGCCAACAUUCGCCAUCGAGAAUACAAAAAAUGAUUCAAUACAGUUACACUUUAUUUUUGCCGCUAAAUAUGUUCCUGGAAAAUGCAAUCUUUUGCCACCGAUGUUCAGCGCAUCACCAAAGUGUGAUCAUAUGAUAUGUUUCCCAGCUGCUGGAUCCCAUGUGAACAAGCAAAAACGCGAGGCAUGCGCGAUCGAAAGCAGUAGACGCUCGCCGCGGCAGCUUCGCCACAGUACUUUCCUGCCUGUGUCACGUGAAAAUGCCGCACGUGCUCAGUUUCCUUUUACAAUAGCAACAAAUCUCUUCUUGGAUAGUUGCACGUCAGAUUCACAGCUAUCACCGCCAACCAUAUUGCGAUAGGCAUCUUCACCUAUCUGUUCCACAGCGUGUGUGGCACAGUGCCUUUGGACGCUUACUGUAUGCUUUUAAGAUUUUAAGAGGUGACACUCAAGUGCACUGGCAGUCCCUAGUAGCAGGCACAUGAAGUGGGCUUCAUGUUUCACUCCAGUGGCAUCGCAAUCCUAAAACACCAUGCAAUAGUAAAAUGACAAGAUGUGUCGUGGUUCUCUCGGGCCCUACCAGUCCAAUGUGCAUCAGCGUCUCGUGCUGCAAUGUUUCGCAAGACGUAGAUGUCAACUACAAUCGAGUCUGCCAAAUUUGUUAGUGACUUUGGAUUGUACGUUUUCCUGGUUAGUAUGUUUCUUUCUCACAGUUCUUUCUGCAAUGUACAAAUGAGGUUGUACUGUACUCCUAUUAUCAGAUCAGUUGUCGUGCAAUUUGUGCACGUCCAAGUGUCAGCCAGAUUUCCUUCAUGAAUGCAGAUUAAGUCAUCUGAUCACAUAAACGCAAGUUUGUUGGUUCGAACCAGGCCACGGCAGCAGCAUUUUGUAAAAGCAGCCACUCGUACUUAGAUUUAGGUUGUGUGUUAAAGGAACCCGAGGUAGUCAGAAUUAUUCCGGAGUACUCUGCAAUAGUACCUUUCAUUGCCCCACUUUUGCUUUGGAAUGUAAGAAGUUAGAAGCCAUGAAUCUUUAAUCGGUCACAAAUUGUGCAUUAAAGUUCUGCCCUGACAUUUAGGCGCAAAUUAACUUCUGCUUACAACCAAUAUUUUAGCUGCAAAACAACUAAGGGGGGGAGGCUCUGAUCAAUAAACUGCAGUUUUACUUGUUCCAUGUUGAUGUAUGAUUAUUGAAUUUUGAUUGUUCCCAUUUCAGGGAAUCUAGCUUUUUAGUUGGGGUUUUUUCGCAAUAAUUUUUUCCUUUUGCCCUUAGGAGGCAGCUCACUUCAUCCUUCAUUGGCAGCAAAGCACUAUAAGCAAAGCAUUUUAACGCGCAAUUGAUUUAUGUCCUUUAGCACUUCGUUGUUUCAGUGAAGCUGUAUAUGGCUAGCUGAUUCGUCUGUCCAUCCAUCUGUUGCCUGCACGCCAAAAACUCCUCCAGCACAACCCCAUGCGCAUGCACGAAAAAAAAAGGUAGAAAGAGAGGCGCCUGAUUGGCUGUGCCAGUAGUGACGUCCUUGCUCUCUGUCGGAGUGGAGUGCGCACGCAGCAGUUUCUCUCCGGCUCCAAAAUGGGUAGGCCACAUGUCCUAUGUAUUUCUGAGGAGCAGGCAGCUUUCGAUCAGCAACGCUGUGAGCAGAACCGGGAAUGAGCUCGUCUACACCGUGCCGAUGCUAAAGCCCAGGCACAAGAACAGGCUCCUGCAGCUGAGCGCAAGCAGCAACUGUGUACCGAGGAUCUGGCAGCCUACCAAGCCGACGUUUAAUUAAUCAUCGAAAUUAACUCAGUGCUAAACACCAGGGCUGCACAUUUCAGCUUCGCUGGUUAACCAUCUGUAUGGAGUGCUUGGGCGGGGAUUUUUUUUAAUACAUGCUUUCCUAUGUAUAUUUUGCCCUAUGCAGAUAUCUCAACUCUUUUUUUUUCUAUCUCAUGGAUGUAUUGUCAUCAUUGUUGACAUGCGAAAGAAAAAAAAAGCUAUUUAUUUUGCAAGCUUAUGUGAUUUCCUGGGUAGAUUUGCUUUUGAAAUGCAAGUGCAAAAUGUUUGUGAAGGUUACAUUGGCAUUUAGUGCUAGUCAUUCUAGCUUUGUCACUUGACUUAAGCUUUAGCACUCUUGUAUUCAAUAAUUUAAUGCUCAUAUAUACUUGAGUAUGUUAUGUAGACUGGUGGGGGUAUUCUGUUCAUUUCUUUGGCAGGAGGAGGUCAGCUUAGUGGAAGGAUUAGUGGAGAAAAUGGACAAAUGUUGAAUUUUGUGUCAUUUUUUGGCUACUUGGGCCAUUACCACUGUGAACAGCAGUCAUAAGCUAAGAAACAGGCCGAUUAUGUUUGUUCGUUUAACAUGGUUUGGUUAAACAUGAGAUAUCCAAUCUUUUGGGUGCCACUGUAACAAUCUCCGCACCAAUUGCUUGCCUCUUGGGACCUCGAUAAUAGAGCAACUGUUUGGAGAACUUCUCAAUGCAUAAAAACACUUCCAAGAUAGUCAGUGCUCAGCAGCCAACUCUCAGUGAUUUCGCUUUUCAAAUGUGUCAUGUUCCCUGUCCAUCGUUUUUGCCAAAUGGAUUUCACAGCUUUUCAUAAAUUGGUGACAGUAAAACAAAACAGUGCCAUCAAGCAAAUCAAAUUGGCACUGUAGCCUGAGGGCAUUUUAAGGACUGCUUUGCUCUGCCAGAUGAGACAUUUCAGAUAGCACCUAGCUUUGGAGUCCUCGAUCAUACAUUCUUCACUUUUCUAUGUACAGUGAAGCACCACUUGACUGAAGGCCACAUUACCAAACUCUCAGAACUGUGAACGGCGUCACCAUCCCCCCAUGCUGAUGGCAUGCUCACAUACUGACAUCUCACUUGAACAAAUUUCUAUAGCUUCGUGAGAAUCCCUUGAGGUUCGCUGCAUUAAAGCUUCUCUGCUUGCAUAAAGACUAGAGGUUGACAGGAGAUCAAUUGAUGCGUGUUUUCAAAACCCACGCAAUAUUUUAAAUUAUGCUGCAUUAAGCAGAAUAGCAUGGCAAUACAAGUUAAUCAGAUGUUUUAUGUUGCAGGAUGCUAGUCAGUGAGGUAUUCUUUCUUUCUUUUUUAUUGUGCGUCUUAUUUUUCUUUUCCCCUCAAGCGUCUCAAAUGCUAGCUCCACACUACUCUCUGUUGCUGAAAGCAUCUUGCCUCGAGUGGCGUUAUGAGUGUGUCAAAGCAUUGCAUUUCUGCUGCCUCUGUGUGCACGGAAAUAAUUCAUUGACUGCGCACUGCAAUACGAAGAACAGCUGUUGUGCAACGACAUCGGUUCCCCACAACCGCGACCACCAGAGUGCCUCUGUAUGUUUCUAAGUGACUUUGUGGACUUCUUUAUCAAAACGGGGUCAGAGGGCAUGAGUGACUGCCUGCUCACCGAUCCCGCAAUGCCUUGCUUGCUCAGGCCAGAGGGGCAUCCCGGCAGUGAACUGGCCAAAGUUAUGGAAAUCAAGGAAUGCAGUGCAGCAGUACAUUGUACGAACUGUGCACUGCUCCAUGGCAUCGCCCAUCUACUCGCCAUUAUUUUUGUUGCUUACAAAAAGGAGCAUGGAUGGAAUGAGCUUCUCUCUUCCUUUUUUUUUUUUCUUUACCAGAGUGUGUUUAUUGCCGGUGUUGUCAUUAUUAGAAAUGGAUGAGCCAGUUUCUCGUUCCAGAAAGUUAGCUUUCACUCAGGAAUCAUGUCAUCCUUUUCGCGCAUCAUUUAUACACUGCGCGAAUUGUUGGAAAACAUGCUUCAUGUGUUAAUGACUGCCACUGCAACAGCCUGCUUCACCCAAAAUGACCGGAGUGGCAAGCUUAGCUCAGUCCUUGUGCAAUAUUGUAUGAAAGGUCUUCACAAAGGGUAGUUUUCCUGGCAUUCCAGAAAGUGAUGGAGUUAGCUUGUGGCAAUUGUUUAGCGUCAAGAUGGCAGCCUUAGUUGGAUGACUUGGGUUUCUGUAUUUUCGUAUUGCUGGUGCCAGAAGUAUUUAAGAAGUACAAAGUGGGGUUGUGGGUUACAUGCACCCACUAUGGUGGUUUAAUGGCUAUGGCAUUCCUCAGCCAAGCACAGUGUUGUGGGUUCGAUUCAUAGCUGCCAAGGCCGCACACAAACGGGGAGACAAUGUGCGUACACUCAUGUACCAAACUUCAAGCAUGCGUUAAAGAAUCCCAGAUGCUCAAAGUUAAUCCUGCGCCUUCCUCUUACAGCCCCACUCACAACUCUUGAACUCUUGUGCUCCUUUGGAAUGUUAAAUCUCACGAGUCAGUCAAUCAACCAUUAAGAUUUUGCCUGUUGUGGAAUCGUGUUUGUGGCCAUAGUAACAUUCGGCCACGAACGUGAACUUGCUGUAGCCGUUUUGGAAGAGGGCCACCAACUGUUGGAUAGCUGGUUUCACAUUAUCAUUUUAUACAGAUGUGACAGAGCUGCUGGCCUCAUCUGCAGAGUUCACUCCUUUCCUUUAGUUACCCGGGAGCACUGCCCCCUUUUUUUUUCUCCCACUUUGAGUGAAGCAGGCUGAUGCACACAGAAGGAGAGGUGUGUGCUUGCUGCGCCGGUGCGUGAAAUCUUGACAUUGUCUAUAGCAUUAGCAUCUUUUUUAUACAGUACUGUACACUUCUGGUGCGGCAGCAAAACGUCUUUGCUGUAGACCUGUCAAAAUUCUGCACACGGGCCCAGCACUGCGUCGGCGAGUGAAGUGCAGUGCUUGUUCCAGACUCGUGUAAGUUUAACGACACAAUACACAUACUACUGUUGUUUGUUGCGAGACUGUUGUAUAGGUGUAGCGGAAAAAAAAAAACAAGAAAGAGAGGGAGAAGAGGUGGUUCACAUGAUUCACAUUCUGCUGCUUUUAAAGGAUCGAAAAUGUCACUGCUACAUAUCAAACGGUAGCCAACGUGCGAUGAUCUCUUAUGACUUCACUGUUGCAGCUGUUGUUUAUUGCGUUACACUGAUAUGAUGGGUCUUCAAUGCGACACCUUGUGGACCUUAGAAUUGCAGCCUCUUUGAAGCGCAUAUGUGUUAUUGGCUUUUGAGGCAGCGCAAAGUAUCGAAGUGUAGCAUAAUGUCAGUUUCUUUUUUACUAUUAUUGCAAGCUAAUGAGGCCUUUAAGAGCCCCAUUUUAUUGUUAUAACUAAGCAGCAUUUUACUGAAUGUUACAGCAGCGUUAUAUCACCUAUUCAUUUGCCUUCUGUAGCUUGCUAUUUGCUGGCAUCGUAAUGUGCAGCUAGUGUAUGCUUGCCAUUUGUGUUCAUCUUACAUCGUUUUACCUUUUUUAUCAACCUGAGUUCUACAUAUAGUGCAUUGCAUAGCCGCGCAAUUUCAUACCAUCACCAGCAUACUUGCGAAGACAGGUAAAUUUCACGUUAUAGUUCCGUGCAAUGACUUUUAUCAACAACUGUGUUAAACUUCCUUUUUCUUCUCAUUCAUUGCAUUCCUUUUUUUUCUUUGCUUGUAUGGCAAUGCCUGCAUGCUCUUACUACAGCCAAGUGAUUGGUCAAUUAACCUUCUAAUAAUUCCAUUGCAUAAUUUAUUUGCAAAUUAUUAUUGAGUCGGACAAGUUCUGAAAGCUUGUCUGAAGGUAGCCUGCAUGUUCAAGUAGCUGACCUUAUUGUGCAGAGGGCAUUGAGUAAACUUCAUUUGCUGGCAGUAAGCCAGAUAAGUUAUUGACAAAAUGCUUAGUCACAUUAUUAAAUAACAAAAUAUAACAGUGCAGUAACAGUGCAGCUGAGUGACUGUAAACAAGCACAAUAAGGUUCUUUACUGCUGGAGUGAUUGAAUGUGCUUCUUCACCCCAGACACCUUAACCUGUGACUGUCUGGUAUGACUUCACUUGCAUAGUGUGGACAUCCUGGGUAAACUAUUGGAUAUGAAAGUAGUAGUUCUUAUUUUAUUUUUUUUCAUUCUCUUGAAGAUAAUGCAUGUAAGUAAACAAAACUGAUGAGCUGAUUUGUUAACUGGUGGCUUACAGUAGCCGGUUCUAAUUGUCACCAAGCCCUUGUUCUUGCACAAGUAUGCUUGCCUAUCAAAAGCAUGUGUCAUGUCCACUUACGCCACUAUGUCAUGAUAUUCCUGUGUUAUAGCAAAUGACUUUUGAGUAGGAAGAGAUUAAAUUCAUGCAAAAUGACUUCUGCGAGGCACUUGAAAUUCAACAUUUGUAAAACACUUGCAACAUACUUGCAGGCGUGUAACAUAACUUGGCCACCGCACAGUCUCGUUAAUCAAGGUCUACCUCCUUUGCUUUCUUCAGCAGCUUUGUCAUGGUCAAAUUUGGAUGUUCUUCUUACUCUUGUGUGUUUGCCUCUCACAAUUUGUGUCUUGAGUCCACUCUACAGUCAGCCAUGCUCAGAUGGCAUGCACGUCUGUUCGGAUGUUGUUUUCAGCAAUCAGGGGCAUUAUGUGCAAGUGUUGAGGUCCACACCCUGUGAUAAGUGUGGGGCCUGUUGUUGCACGAAGAGUGCAGAAGUGCAGCUGUCUUGCCAGAGCACCCAGUUUGGAAUGCACAGGUGCUCGUGCAAGUCUUGUGAACAUGGGAGCCACAAAAGAGCUGAAUUUUCUUGUGGUCUGACCAGGGUGGGAGUAAUGCGAGAAAAAGGAGGAGUAAUUCACGGUGCACUCAUUUGUGUGACCAUAGCUUCCUGUAUUGCAGAAGUGAUACCGGAAGAAAGUUGGUCGUGCACUGUUCCAUUGCUUUCUCAGAUAUUUUGUACGCAUUAUUGCUAGAAAGCACACAACUUUCAACAUCUGCUGUCUGCCUGCUCAUAAGAGCAGUGCUUAAGCCAAUUAAGGAAGAUUCUAAUUUUGACUGCCGUGUGGGAAACUGAGGCCGUGCAUUUGACGCAACUGAGUAAUAGAAAGGUAAGGACGGAGAGCUUCAAUAGGGCACACUAUGCAGAAUUCCCAGACUAGAUGUAAAAAUUCAGUUCGGCAAUGGCUUACAGGUUCCAAGAACUUUUGCAAGCAUCUGCAAACAAGUUCGCAUGGUACGAACAUGUGGGGUCUGGCAGCCUCACACGCUUUUCGGUUUUACCUGCAGGUCACAAAGUAAACUUGGUCGCUGCACUUACCGUUUGUGCCAAACAAGAGAUACCACUUUGCUAACGCAUGAGUGACUAAUCUACACAUUGCAGCUAUGCAUGCUGUUUACUUUCAGAGUGUUGAUUGAGUGGCUGCAAAUAGUUGCAAGAUAUGUUGUCACUUGGUAUCGGGUGAUUGUUGGAAGGCUGUUUCCUUAAAAAUCAGCAUUCAAGUGAAAAUUAGAUUUUUUUCUGUCUCUGCUUUCUAAAAGGCAUGAAAAUUUUCAGAUAGGGAAUUUUAGUUAUAGCAUUGUCUUUGCACAGAAACAUUUUAAAGCAUGAAGCGAUAUACUUUCAUCUUCACAUAACAGAAGGAAAAUUAAAUUGGGAUGACGAACUAAGAAAGCUGGAAGCAACCAUGACUGCCGGCACCACAAAGAUGAAUGAAAAUGUGUUUGUCUGUGUGGUACUAGUAAGUGUGAAAAAUGAAAUUUGUUGGGACAGUGUGGGCUUUGCAAUGUCGGUCAUAGCACGAACAUAGUUUGGCUUACUUCUUUGUCCUUGAAGCCAUGAUGUUUGCAGCAACGCAACAGUGUCCUGUCAUUCUUCUACGGGGAGGCUUCUGCUUGUAUAUAGGGUGUCCCAUGUAACUCGAGCCAAGCUUUAAAAAUAUGCGAAUGCCACAUAGCUGGACAGAACAAAAGUGAUGUUGUGAUGAUGUUUGCCAUCACUUGAAGAUACUGAGAUUAUUUUUUUUAAUUCUGCUUAUUUACACAAUUAUUCCUAAUUAAUUAGUCAACUUCUCAUAUAAUUAGAUUAAAAGUGUCAAUGAGAAAAUUGCAGAGCAAUGUGACAAACCCCUGAUACAGCUUUCUCUUGCUCAAUACGUGGUACAUAAAAGUGUUUUUCCAAGCAUGAAAGAAGCCACCAAAUACACGAAAAACUGCCAUAUAACUGUCUGCUCGAGGAACAUUGCGUAUAUUCAUGAGCUGCUCUCAUGCUUGGAAAAACACUCUUGUGUAGCACGUAUUGAGCAGCAUAAAACUUAUUCGAGAGAUAUUAUGUUGCUCUACAAUUUUCUCAGUGAUGCUUUUCAUCGAAUUAUAAUAUUUGAGAAGUUGUUUAAUUAAUGAAGUCUAAUUAUGUAAUUAGGCAGGAUGCAAAAAAAAAUAAUUGAGUAUCUCCAAGCGACAAGACAAGCAACAUUACUUUGGUUCUGUCCAUCUACGUGGUAUUUACAUAUCUUCAAAGCUUGGUUCAAGUAACAGGGGACACCCAGUAUAUAUAUAAAUUCAGAGUUUUCAUUAAUUUUCGGCCAGCAAGACGUUAUGAAACAUAUUAUUUUACACAUCAAGUGUCUCCUACAUGCACUAUUGAAGUUCUGUUAAUCACCUCCGUGGUUUUUACUGUGUUCUUUUUUACCACAGAUAGUUAUACCAUAAUGUUGUGGCUUUGUUGCACUUCUGCCAAUGCAGUGUUGUCUGUCUAGCAUUUGCAUGUUGUGGGAAGGAGGCCAAAAGCUGUAUUCUGGAAGGGCCACUUUCAUGCGAUACAGUGGAAGCUCAACCAUACGUUUCCAGUAUGUUCUCAGUGUAGAACAUAUUAAACUUGCCCCACUGAUCACACAAUUCAGCUCGUAACUUUUCCCAUAUAAUGUGCUUUCCCAUGUGCGUUAUUCCCUUUUCUUUUUUUCUCAAGACAUAUAGAUGAGGUUCCAUCGGACAUUUUUUAUGCAAUGUGACACACAGCAUGGGCAACUGCAAAGGGCAGCAAUUGUGAAAUAAUUUCAUCUGAAUAUUUUGUGAAUGGCAUUAGGUAAAUCAUCACUGCACCAGUCGUCGUAACAUCCACGGCAGGGUAAAGGCCUCUCCCAAAAAUCGCCAAAUUACUUCUUGCCUAUAUCAAUGAAAUACACGCUAAGCCUGCAAAUUUCCUAGUCUCAUCGGACUGUAAUUGUCUGCCACCUUCAAGUGUGUUUUCCGUUCUGUCACGCUGAUAAGCUGCCUGUUGUAUGUUCUACACAUCACAUAACCUCUAAGUCUCUUAGUGAUCUUAGUCUCCCUUACUCAAUCUCCCAUUUACACUGCCGUCUUUUUCUCAACAUUGCACCUGCCAUUUACAUCUUUACUCACCAGACUAAUAUGCGCUACAUGAAAUUGAUGCAGACAGGAAGUAUGCUCGCCCACAAAUUGCUUUCAUCCCAGUUUCUUCUUCUGGACCAAGUAAGUAGUUGGCAAGCACCAAGACUGAUGUUGCAGAAAGUGGUCAUUUCGGAGAACAGCUUUGGCCACUCUUGAAUGCUCCGAAGAAGUUACCAGGAUCUCUAGCAGCUUUAUCAGGUUGUUUAGGACUGAGGCAUUCUGCAAUGUGUGUAAGCAGGUGUGGGCUUUUGGGGUGUUCACAAUGUCACGUUAGCUUGCUUCCAUUGUUUGCUUGUGGUGACGCUACGCAACUGCUGGUUUUAUUGCUUGUUCCUCGUAUGCGCAGGAAGAGUGCGCAGUUUUUACAAGACCUGCCUAGGAAAACUGAAGGGCAGUCUCACUGUAACACGGCUUAUUAGAACGUUCACCGUGCGGUUCACAUCACAUUCCUCUUUGUGUACAUUGGUGCAAUGAGUAGUGCUAAGACUUCAGCUGAGCAUGAUUUCCGUGGAGGCUGUGAAUCAUGCACUGGAAUACAUAAUUUCUUUCCACUCGUUUCAGCAGAGCAUCCACGCUGAGGCAAAAGUGUUGUGCAGCAUUUUAUUUUUCUUGAAUGUGCUAGCUGGAUGAUACUAAUUUCUUAACACUUAGGUAGUAUUAUACAUGCUUGGUCGUUUUGCUACAAUGUUCCUUUUCUUUUUUUUUGCAUGUAAACAUGCAAUGAUUGUUAAAAGCAUGCACAUUCCUGCAAAAGAACUUUACCGAUUCCCUCGAUUUUAGUUGAAUGAAAAAAAAACAACAAAAGAGCAGGUGCAUACUGGUACGAACAAUUGAAGGUUUACGUGACUAGUCAUAAUUCAUCACUCAUCCACAAUAAAAGGCAGUGCUCACAAGGACUCCAAUAAGAAAAAAAAAAAAUGAAGCUGCCUUUUACGUCACACGUGUGAUACACUACAUAUACUACAUAUGACCUAAUCUACAGGGUUUACAUAGUUUAGAGAAUUCAUGGGUUAUUAAAUAAAGUAAAUACAACUGUG